AUGAUAACUGUUUAAAUAAGAACCCCAAAAGUUAAAUUAUCCAAACACAGGAUAUAAAAUAGUUAACCUACAAUAUUAAACUAUUCAAAUUUAAAUAGUUUUCAUGACUUUUUUAAUAAUAGUUAGCAUAGUAAUGAAUAGAGAUAAAGAAUAUUUAAUAGCAGAUGUAAAACUGAAAAUACUUAAAUGGAAGUAUCAAUCAAGCCAAAUAAACAAAAAUUGUCUAGUUAAUCUACAACAAUUAGUUUGGCAAGCAGUACUAGUCCUAAUUAAGGUAUGAAAAAUGAAAAAGGUAAUUCUAACAGCAGCUUUAAAAUAUAAUAACAAUAGAAUUCUGUCAAUUCCUUUUAAGAGAAUGGAACAAAUUAAAAACUUAAAUAGUAAUUACAAAAAAUUGUUGAAAGAACUAACAAGAUGAUGAAUAAUUAUUAAAAAGUUUCUAAAAAAUGGGAAUAAAGAGAAUUUGAACUCAAGUAAGAAAUAUCAACAUUAAAAAAAAUCAUUCAAAAAUAAAAUGUCUAACUUCAAAAACAUAAUUUAAAUCCGAUCUGUUUAUGA